ACCAUGACCACCCAACUCUCUGCUCCUCCCGUCCUCUCUACGCCCGAAACGCACAUCUUCGAAGACCCUACUCCUCCCUCUACGACCCAUACUUUGCCUCGCUAUACGGACGAUGAGCUAUGGGACGUCUACGAGCUAGAACGAACGGCGAGGGAGAUUAGAGAGGGAGGGUACAGGAGAGUCGCUUUGCAGUUUCCGGAUGGGAUGCUGAGGGAUGCUCCAAGAGUUUGUGAGGGCUUAGAGAAAGCUGUUGGAAAUCUGACUGCUAGAGACGAAUCCUCGAGUCUGGAAACCAGCUUUAAUGAGCUGCAAGUCAAGCCAGACGGACACACAGCGGUGGAGAGAGUGAGGUUUUAUAUCCUGGCAGAUACAUCGUAUGGAUCUUGCUGUGUGGAUGAGAUUGCGGCAGAACAUGUCAAUGCAGAUGUGGUGGUGCAUUAUGGAAGGUCUUGUCUGUCUCCUACUGCGAGGCUACCGGUUAUAUAUGUUUUUACAACCCAUCCGCUCGAGGUCGAGGAUGUGGUGCGGACGUUCGAAAAUACGUUCCCUGAAAAGGAAGAGAAGGUGGUGCUCAUGGCGGAUAUCACGUACAACAAUCACAUUCCCUCUAUACGGGAAGCAUUGGUAUCGAGGGGCUACAAAAAUGUCCUUGCGCCGGAAGUCAUACACGAUCCAUCAUCGACGAUACCGAAUCGAAAGGUUGACGAAGGGAUAGACCUCAAAUCCUACUCCCUAUUCCAUGUAUCCGAUCCUCCAGACGCCCUCCUUUUGACGCUCUCUAGUAGAGUAAAAGAGAUGUUCAUCUACCCGACCACGAAUUCAGGUCCGCAGACAGCAAUCCGCACAAACACAACUAUAUCCCUCCGGCGUCGGUAUGCCCUGCUAACGUCGCUCUCAACCUGCCCUGUAUUUGGAAUCCUGAUCAAUACCCUCUCCGUCAAGAAUUACCUCUCAACCGCGACAUCGAUACGCUCCCUCAUCUCCUCCGCGGGCAAGAAAUCAUACACCUUCGUGGUGGGGAAAAUAAAUGCAGCGAAGAUAGCUAAUUUCUCGGAGGUGGGAGGAUGGGUCGUGAUAGGAUGCUGGGAAAGCAGUUUGGUGGAGAGCGGAGAGUUCUUUAGACCUGUCAUUACGCCCUUUGAGUUGGGGUUGGUGCUUGUGGGUGAUGGGAAGAGACUUUGGGAUGGGGAUUGGAGGGGUGAUUUUGGGGGUGUGGAGAAGCUGGUUGAGAGUGGUGUUGUGGAGAAGAAGGGAGAUUUGGAAGAGGAGAAAGGGGAGGAGGGGGAGAUGGAUGAGGAUUCGGAGGAGGAGUCAGAACCGCCUGAGUUUGAUUUGAGGACGGGGAGAUAUGUGUCGCAUUCGAGACCGAUGCGCUCAUCGAUACCUACUCCUUCAUCGAAUAUCGAAAACGAGUCAAGUCCUACAGCAGCAUCCAAUGCUUUGACGAGAAGAGCAAAAGGUGACUUAGCGACUAUGAAUGGAGCAGUAAGUCCAGGAGCAGAGUAUCUGCGGACUCAGAGGACUUGGACUGGUCUGGGUAGCGAUUUCCAUGAAGUGGAAGCUCCGCAGACAAUCGAGGAAGGGAGAAGUGGUGUUGCAAGAGGAUACACUGUAGGCGAGGGAGAGGAAAGGAGAUGAAUCAUGAACUGAUACCCCACAUUGAAAAUCUUGUUGUACAAUAUAUUCCCAGGAUCGUGCAGGGUUCGAAUCUUGGAGUCUGCAACUUGGCGCAAUCUCACG